AUGAAAACUCAAACUAACACAAGACCUCUUCAAUAUCAAACAAAACGAUCACUUAGAUCAAACACCAGAAUUCAUGAUCAAGAAGCACCCAUCAAUCUUUUACAAUCAUCUACCAUCUCUUCACAAGGAUCAUUACCUAGCUUAUCGAUUCUAAAUCCACUUUCAAAUCUACCUAAUCUAUCAUCCAAUCAAACUUCAUUCUGUGUAAUACAAAAAGAAAAUGAUUCGAUUGAACAAUUAGAAUUUGUAGAUGAAGAAGAAGAGGAAGACGAACAGAACAAACCGAUACCGAAUGAUGAUGGUGAUACGAUUAUGGAAGAAGAAGAACCCACUAGUUCACAACAUACAGAUCCAGAACUAGGAGCCACUUCAGCUUUCCGUCAAGCUUCACCCAGUUCUUCAAUCUUAUUUGAAAAUGUAUCAGAAACUGAAGCAAAACAUCAACAAAUCAGUUUAUCAAAAUAUCCUACAAUCUCACCUUAUAAACUAGCACACGUUUCACAAUCUAUGACACAACUUUCGAUCUCAGUCUUAAAUGUUUUAAAACACUAUAGAGAACAUUUAAAUCUUUGGGAAUCUACUUCCAAUCCAACAGAUCAAGUUAUUCAAGCUAGUACACUCAUCGAUCAAUGUUUACUUAGAUUAGCUUUAUUAUUGGAUCCGGUUCAGUAUGAAUUAAGUCAGCUACUUUAUUCGAUCAAUGGCAGUUUACUUUCGAUUGAUGAAGAUGUUUUAGGUGAUAGACUUUGUACGAAGAAUGAAGUAGAAUGUACAAAGUUUUGGUCACGUUUAGCUGAAUUACAAGAUAAAGUGGUCAAAGCAGAACUUAGAAUGUCAGAUUUAUCAGUUCAUCUAUCUGAUUUCUAUGAUUGGACAGACGGAUGUUUGACGCCAGUACUCGGCAGACUUUCAGUAGAAGAAGAUGAUCUUUCAAAUCAGGUAGAAGAAUCAUCUCAAAGACGAAACUUAGUAGUCUCACAUCUUUUGGAUGUUCAAAGUUACUUUUGUCAAGCUUUAGAUCAAAUCAGCUGGAUCACAAAGUUAUAUAGAAAGAUCUUGACGAAAGUUUUGGAUUCGAUUGAUGAUUUUUCUGAAGCUAUGGUUAAUGAUGAUCGGUUUAUUGAUGAAUUGAUUAAUUGGAUUAGAUUGAUGAGAUCGACUUUUAAACAUAUGGCUGAUAGUUUACUGGUCCUUUCUUCUGUGGCUAAUGGGAUCGAAACUUUUACGUCAGGUACAAUACAUGCGGUCUCAGUCUCGUCUAAACCUUCUUGA